CCAAAAAGCGCUUUUAACAUUAACUUAAAACAGAAUAAACCAAAUCCCACAUAAUCUGGGAUGAGAAAUUCAAGAAAGCAAAGAGUUUCUUAAGACUUAAUCUGGUCUUCAUAAAUUUGGAUGAGAGGUUAACAUAGAUACAGAUCAACAGUAAGAGAUUUUUUCAAAAAGAAACUCUAAACACAACAGCAAGAACAGCCAUAAACGCAGCAAAAACUAUUUUUCAAAACCCAAAAUCAAGAACAACAUAAACGCAGCAAAGCUAUUUUUUUCAAAACCCUAAAAAACGAAAUAGAAGAAGGAGGCUUAUCUGGAGACGGGAGGCAUCAUCACUGGCAGCUUCAUCUUCUUCUCCUUCCAACAAAUCGACCACUCACCCUCCACCACCACAACUCAACGAUAUCACCCUUCUUCACCUCCGAUCAAAUCCAUUCUACCGGACCACCACCUUUCGUUUCUUCUUCCGCCGUCACAAACCCUUGCGUCCCCAAUUUCCAUCUCUUCCGGCGCAAAACCUAAUCCAGAUGCAGAUCUUCGUCAAAACCCUGACGGGGAAAACCAUCACCCUCGAGGUCGAGUCUUCCGACACCAUCGACAAUGUCAAAGCAAAGAUCCAAGAUAAGGAAGGAAUCCCACCGGACCAACAGCGACUGAUCUUCGCCGGCAAACAGCUAGAAGACGGUCGCACUCUUGCUGACUACAACAUCCAGAAGGAAUCCACACUCCACCUUGUUCUCCGUCUCUGUGGUGGAGCCGAGAAGCGUAAGAAGAAGACCUACACCAAGCCGAAGAAGAUUAAGCACAAGCAUAGGAAGGUGAAUCUAGUUGUUCUUCAGUUUUACAAGGUCGCUCAUUCUGGGGAAAUUUUGAAGGUACGAUCUGAAGCUUUUGUUGUAAAACCUAAUUAUGUUGGUGAGACUUGGGCCUUUGGCCCAAGCGAUUUUGGCCUGCGUGUACACUCCCUCAAUGCUACUGCACCCCAUCCGAUUGGGCUCUGAUAACCUUUUGUUGAGCCCAUUCUCAACUUCUUUGGGCUUA